CUUCCUCAAGGAGCAUGGAGUAGAGGCGGAAUCCUCCGCUUCGAUAGAACCAGGACGUCGGACGAAGGGGCCUACAUUUGCACCGCCUCCGAUCCUACGGACCCCGAAGAAGGCCCUAAGGAGGCUCCACCCGCACAACUUCAUGUGAAGCCGAAGCCAUUCGAACCACAAGUAGAGCCUCCAGAGCAGACCGUCAACGAAGGGCAUCCUGCUCAGUUCCGUUGUUGGGUGCCUGGUCACCCACGUGCUGUUCUGGAAUGGAGCAGGCAGCACGCGAUCUCCCGAGAGGCUUCGGUUAUAGAUGGUUACCUCCGUUUUAACAGUGCCACUACAUCCGACGACGGGUACUAUACCUGCACAGCCUCUGAUCCUACAGAUCCCGAGAGACCAUCUCGUGAUGCACCACCCGCACGGCUUCGUGUAAACCCGACACCCUUUGAGCCGCAAGUAGAACCACAGGAACAGACCGUCAAUGAGGGAGACCCGGUACAGUUCCGUUGCUGGGUGCCAGGAAAUCCACAAGCCACCCUUCAAUGGAGCAAACAAAGUGGAGAGCCACUUCCACCUGACACGAUGGAAAGGGAUGGCUACCUUCGAUUCUACAAUGCCAAGGCUUCUGAUGCAGGAACAUAUAUUUGCACGGCUACUAAACCCGGAGGAGGGGCACCUAAAGAAGCCCCACCUGCACGGCUUAAUGUGAAGACGCCGCCUUCAGCUCCUCAGGUCGAUCCUCCAUCACAAACUGUUGACGAAGGCCAGCCAGCAAGCAUUCGAUGCUGGGUACCAGGAAAUCCCAGAGCUCAACUCAGAUGGACCAAGCACGGACGACAGCCACUUCCUCCUCAUGCUCAUGAAAGGGACGGAGUUCUUACGAUUCCUCAAACAAGCAAGUCCGACGAGGGCCACUAUGUCUGUACUGCUUUUGAUCCUGAAACCAGAGUCCCAACAGAUGCCCCUCCAGCUCACAUUGGUGUUCGACAACCAACGAAGCUUCAACCACAAGUUGAUCCCAUAGAGCAGUCUAUCCCUGAAGGAUCUCCAUUCCGUAUUCGUUGUUGGGUUCCUGGUAACCCCCAUGUGCAAUUGUCGUGGAGACGGCCUCAAGGUGAAAUCAACGACGAUUCUACCCAGGAUCGCGGCAUUUUGACAGUCAAUCGUGCUGAACUCACUGAUGAUGGUGAAUAUCUCUGUACGGCUGAAGAUCCGAGAACGGGACAGAAGGCGGAGGCUCCUCCAGCUACUGUCCACGUUACGCAACCCACAAGAGUUCCUGAUGUUGGAGACAUUCAACGAAGGCCAGAGAUAACUCCACCACAACAGACGGUACCUGAAGGCGAUCCGGCAAGUAUUCGUUGCUGGGUUGAAGGUGAUCCACAAGCCCGUCUCACGUUCAAACGAGCUGAUGGUGCACCAAUACCGUUCGGUGCUUCCGAUUUGGACGGAGUAUUGGCCAUAAGCAGCACGUUGAAGAGUGAUGAAGGCGAUUAUAUCUGUACAUACCAUCCAGCAGAUGGAAGCACCCCCAAGGACUCUACACCAAGUAAACUCAUCGUCGAAACACCUGGUGAACCACCUCGACCGGUUGCCACACCACCGGUGCUUACCGUGAAACGAGGUCAUACUGCACAAUUCCACUGUGAAGCCAAUUCACCAACUCCUGCUCAAAUCAAGUGGGGCCAUGGUGACGCCGAUUCUGAGCUGCCAGACGGAGCCAACCAUGAACUCGAUGAUAUCAUGAUUGAUUCUGCCGACGACCAUCAUGUAGGAGAAUACGUUUGCUCGGCGACCAAUGAAUUUGGUACAGGAGUUGCAGAACCCGUUCAGCUUAUCGUCGUCGAUGAUGAACAGCCUCCAACAGCAAGAGUCGAACCGAGGGUCUGGAAUGGAAAACCAGGAGAUAAGCACCAGUUCAAGUGUCACGUCACGGGAGUGCCCACUCCAAAGGUGACCUGGUCUGGACCCAACAACUCACCUUUACCUCAUGAUGUGACAGAGUUAGAGGGCAAUAUUCUCGAAUUCUCUAAUGGACGUACGGAACUCAAUGGAGAUUACACUUGUACAGCUACUAACCCUGUUGGAGAGGCUACUGACUACGGGUCGGUCAACAUUGGGCCUUCACUGACAGUAAAAACCACCCCGGCUGGUCCACGACUCAUUCUCACCGUAGGCGAACCUCUGUCAGUCAAAUGUGAAGCGUUUGGAGAGCCUGAACCUGACGUGGAAUGGUUGUAUGAUCCUGGACCAGAGCGAGGUGACCUUCCCGAUGACUACAAGCCAGUCACGAUCUUAGAACAAUUCAUUAAACAUCCUGCCAUUGGCCUCGGCAAUGCUGGAGCUUACACAUGCAAGGGAUCCAAUAGUCACGCCACUGCCACUAAGAACAUUUACGUCGAAGUUGUCGAGCCAUCUCGAGUCGCUACGGUGUCGAUUCUGGGCGGAUCCUCCCAAUGGUUUGAGCAGGGCGAGUCAUCUGAGCUCAUCUGUACAGCUACUGGCAGUUCUCUCGUUGAUAGACUUGAAUGGGUCAAGGUGGACGACCAGCUUCCAACCGACGUAGAGGAGCACAACGAACCCGGACUAUUGCAUUUCCCUAACUUCAAGAACUCAUAUGCUGGCGAAUAUGAAUGUCGCGGUUACCGUAACAACGAGUUGAUCGCCUCGAGUUCCGUCCAAGUGUACUCGUCCACUGAUGACACUGAAGAUGUGAAGGUCGAGAUUGAGCCACCACGUGUACGAAUUGUCUCCCAAGGCGAAAAUAUUGUACUCAAAUGUACUGUCCAAGGUGCCAAGAAAGCCAAAUUUGAAUGGGCUCUGUUGCGAGGUGGAAACAUUGUACGGAAAUUGGGCAACGAAGCAACACUUGAAGUAAAAGGCGCUGAUCCAACAAACGAUUACGGAGUGUACAGGUGUAACGUCGAAGACGACAAUGGCGUCGUCAUCGGAAGUGCCUAUACUGCCGUCAGCGUCGGCUACAGCGAUCGAAGCAAUGCUCAAGUGGUCAAGUUCGAUGAAAAGUCCGACGCCGUCUUCACCUGCCCAAUCUAUUCCGUUCCUGGAUCCAAGGUCGAAUGGUCUCGAGUGGAUGGUGAUCUUCCUCCUGGUGCUCUUCCUAAUGGAAACAGACUUGAAAUCAAAGAUUUCGAUGAUUCGGCUGCCGGUAUGUACAUGUGCAAGGUGACCUUCGACAACCACGUCGUUGAAGGAUUCGUCGAUGCUCAAAUAUUUGUUCCGGACACAAUCAUCCAAGUUCUUCUCGAUGUUUCCUCGGAAUCAGUCAACGUCGGUGAUCGAGCGUGGUUCGAUUGCAAGGUAACUGGAGAUCCAACGGCUGUCAUUUCGUGGUCGAAGGAAGGAGCUGAUGAGUUGCCAGACAACUCUCAGGUGACUGGAGGUCGAUUACUGUUCAACGAGGUGACCGAGGAUAAUGCUGGAGUGUACAAAUGCCGAGCAAAGACGAAAGCCGGACCAUUGGAGACGCGGACCGUGCUGAACAUCGGCUCAGCAAAACGCAAGCGCAAGCAUGUUCGCGGUCGCCACGCCCGACGGAAUCAUCGACGGCGUGCUGCGACGAUUGCAUCACGACAGCAUAAGAGAAGGCUUUCGUUGAUGCAUUCGACGUUCGGCUCGUGGUUCUCAACCGCUCAUUAG